AUGAGAAAACUGAUAUUAUUUCAAAUCAUAUUGGAUCAAAAUAAAUUGAUCUAUAAUCCCGGAGAUUCUAUUCAUGGUCAAGUGUUAAUUGAAUUUCGUGAAGCAAUUAAAUUAAAAUUUAUUAAAAUUCGCUUAUUUGGUUGUGCUUAUACUCAUACAAAAUCGAAGAAUCGAUCGGUUAUCGAACGUGAAGUGAACGACUGUUAUGAGUUUCUGACUUUUUGCGAUCGCACCAAUGCUAUUUACGGCGGAGAACGAGAUGGCGAUGGCAAUUAUACUUGGAUUCCGGCUGGAGCGCACAAAUUUGGGUUCCAAUUUCAAUUGCCGAUUGAAAAUUUGCCAUCUUCUUUUGACUAUAGCUCCGACUGUUAUAUCCGAUAUCGCUUAGAAGCGACAGCAGAGCGGCCAAAGGAGCGCAAAUAUGAAACUAAAGUAGAAAUUACUAUUAAAGAACGAAUUAAUAUCAACUUACCCUUUCUCUUUCGAGCUAAAGCUCCCGUUAAGAGACAAAAAAAUGUCGGUUGGCUUAUUUGGAAAAGAGGCCCAUUAAAGGUUACUAGUUGGCUAAAUCGUUAUGGAUACUGUCCUGGUGAUAAGAUUAUUAUUAAUGUGGAGAUUGAAAAUUUAACUCGUAGAACAAUCCCGUACGUAAAAGCUAAACUAUUACAAGAUGUCCGUUAUGUGGCUGAAGGAACUUUUGAACACCAUGAUCGAGAACUUGCAGCAGUUCAUUACAAUCGUCCAAUUACUGGAGGUGCUACAAUGGCAUGGACGAAUGGGGAAAUUAUCAUUCCUAACCUUUCACCGACUAUCAAAUGCUCAAUCAUUGAAUUACUUUAUUACAUUAAGAUUUCUGUUAAAGUUCCAUUUGGAUUUAACCUAUGCGUUAAUAUGCCGGUAGUUAUAGGAACAAUGUCACUCAGAUCAUCUUCUCCUACUAGUUGCCACAAUUGGUCCAAUAGCUGCAUCAGUAGAAGAACUAGUGAUGCUAGCACUAGUUCUUCGAGUUGUUCUUCAUCAUGGGUAUCAGAAAAUUCGAUAGACGUAGAAAAUACGAUUUCUUAUUUACGAUCCAUUUUCGAUAGCACAAGGGUUAAUGACGUACCAGCCAAGAAUAAUUUACCUCCUAGUUAUGAUACUUGCGUGGCAUCUAAUACGACAAUAAAUGACAUCGCCAGAGCUGAAAAUGGAGACGAAAUGAUUCCCACCUAUAGUUCAGUAAUCAAUCCUUCAGCCAAUCGUCAAUCUUCAUCAAUACCUAAAUAA